AUGUUUAGUUCAAAAACCUUGACUGUCCUGAUAAUGACACUGAUUAUGAUCGUGAUGGUAACAACUUCGGUGGAUGCAUGGGAUACGAAUGACAUCUAUGAUCCCUGCUCAGAUGCCAAAAUUCUGAAAUCCGAUGGUUUUACCCUCGGGUUAGCAUUCUCCUCCAAAGAAUCGUUUCUCUUUGAGCAGAUACAGCUCUCACCUUGUGAUCGACGUCUAUCGCUUUCAAGCAAAAUUGCUCAGCUUGCUGUGUUUAGGCCAAAGGUAGAUGAGAUUUCUCUACUUACCAUCAAUGGCAGCAACUUUUUCCGGGAUAUGUAUGGUGGAUACAUGGUAGCAUUUGCUGGACAAAAAUAUGCAGCAAGAUCACAACCCACUUUUGUUGCAAACAGUACCUACAUAAUAACCAGCUUUACAUUGGUACUUGAAUUCCAAAAGGGAACCCUUCAAAACUUGUAUUGGAAGAAGGAUGGAUGUGCACCAUGUGCCGGAAAGUCAUCUUUCAUUUGCCUUAACCUCCAGGACUGUGCAAUUGGAAUCUCUAGUUGCCAAAGCCAUGGUGGGCCUUUUGAUUGCAGCCUUGGCAUACAAUUAACUUUUUCAGGUACAAAUAAGAGUGAUGAGAUCCUUAAUUCAUGGUAUGAGGUGAAGAAUCUUCGGCAGUACUCUCUCUUUGGUCUAUAUUCCAACCUCAAGAAUAGUCUCACUAGCCAAUAUAACAAUCUUUUCUAG